UUAAAAUUGUCUAUAUCAUUAAAGACAUACAGAAUGACAAUCCCUUGGCUUAUGUCUUAAAAUAAUUACCACUCUUUGAAAGAAAAGGGAGGCUCUGGAAAGGGCAUGAUUUUUCUGGCUAGUUUAUAAGAGGGACUGAGCGUUAAUGUAACAUUUUGCAUUCUUAAGUAUAAAGGUUUUAAAUAUUUGUGAGCCCGUCUCCCUCAAGAAAAACCUCACAGGAGUAAAACUUAAAUAAGCCUAGCAGAUGAAAAGUGGGUGCUACUAAACUCAGGAAUGUUUAAAUGAGAAAGGAGGGGCCUUGUGGCUGUGAAUACUCCACACUCCCCAAAUGUUCCGAGUUGUAGCGACAUUUAAGUGAUACGGAAAUGGGACGGGAAUUUAAGGUUCCUUGAAAGAUUCUUGAUAUUCUAACUUGGUGAACGUCUGGGUUUGAAGCCAGGAGCCUCCGCCUUCUAGGUCCUGGGGAAGAAAGCUGGAGACUCCAGGGCUAGACUGGGAUAUGGGCUGCAAGACCGACUGGGUUCAGAGCGCGUGGGACUGGCACAUCCAGGCCAGACGGCGGCGCUUUUCACUCCUACUUUUUCGCAACCAUGUAAGGAAGUGGGCGCGGGCUGCGCGGAGUCGGCGCCUCUCGAUUGGCCGGCCGUCUCGGUGAUUGACAGGGCCCCAGGCUCCGCCCACGCCGCUUUAUUGACACUAAUGAGCAAGUUCUUCCCACCGCUCUCCUGCCUGGAAGUGCUGACAGAUGAAGGCAACAAAUUUCAAUUACAAUCCCUAAUUUGUGUCCACAGAGUGUUUUUUUACCCAUGUUAGUCCUCUCUGGCGCAUCAGUCGAGGCAGAUCUUGGAGCAGCAGGAGGAGGUGGAAGGGGUGGGAGCGAAGGAGUGCAUCAGUGAGAGCGCGCGCGAGACCGAGGGAAGGAAACUUGGCGGGCGCGUCGCUGGUGCCUCGGAUCCCGACAGGAGCGAGAAAAAGGAAACGCCAAAUUUGUUUUUUUGCCUGCGGCGGGGCAGGGGGCAGACCUCGGGAGGCCCCGCGAGCGGUUCGCUUUUUGGUGGGGAAGAAAAGCGAGUGCGUGCGUGUGCCCGCGCGGGUGUAUAUGAGAGAGGGGCGGGCGGGCGCCGGGCGGCGGGGAUGGCCGAGAAGCGGAGGGGCUCGCCGUGCAGCAUGCUAAGCCUCAAGGCGCACGCCUUCUCCGUGGAAGCGCUGAUCGGCGCCGAGAAGCAGCAACAGCUUCAAAAGAAGCGGCGAAAGUUGGGCGCGGAGGAGGCAGCCGGGGCCGCGGACGACGGAGGCUGCAGCCGCGGCGGCGGCGCGGGCGAAAACGGCUCCUCUGAGGGAGACGACUGCGCUGCGCUCCCGCUGCCGGCUGGGGCGGCGCCCGGGCCCGCCCGGAGCUGCGCAGACCUGGAGCGUGGAGCUGCGGGCGGCUGUGAAGAUGGCUUCCUGCAGGGCGCUUCGCCUCUGCCGUCCCCGGGAGGCUCCCCAAAGGGGUCCCCGGCGCCCGCCCUGGCCCCAUCCGGGACCCCGCUGCCCUCGCCGCAGGCUCCUCGGGUGGAUCUGCAGGGAGCUGAGCUCUGGAAGCGCUUUCACGAGAUCGGCACAGAGAUGAUCAUCACCAAGGCCGGCAGGCGCAUGUUUCCAGCAAUGAGAGUGAAGAUCUCAGGAUUAGAUCCUCACCAGCAAUAUUACAUUGCCAUGGAUAUUGUGCCAGUGGACAACAAAAGAUACAGGUAUGUUUAUCACAGCUCUAAAUGGAUGGUGGCGGGUAAUGCUGACUCCCCUGUGCCACCCCGGGUGUACAUUCAUCCGGACUCGCCUGCCUCGGGGGAGACUUGGAUGAGACAAGUGAUCAGCUUCGACAAGCUGAAGCUCACCAACAAUGAACUGGAUGACCAAGGCCAUAUCAUUCUACAUUCUAUGCACAAAUACCAGCCGCGAGUCCACGUCAUCCGUAAAGACUGUGGAGAUGAUCUUUCUCCCAUCAAGCCUGUUCCCUCAGGGGAGGGAGUGAAGGCAUUCUCCUUUCCAGAAACUGUCUUCACAACUGUCACUGCCUAUCAGAAUCAGCAGAUUACUCGCUUGAAGAUAGAUAGGAAUCCAUUCGCCAAAGGCUUCCGAGACUCUGGGCGUAACAGAAUGGGUUUGGAAGCCCUGGUGGAGUCAUAUGCAUUCUGGCGACCUUCACUGCGGACUCUCACCUUUGAAGAUAUCCCUGGAAUUCCCAAGCAAGGCAAUGCGAGUUCCUCCACCUUACUCCAAAGUUCUGGGAAUGGCGUUCCCGCCACCCACCCUCACCUUUUGUCUGGCUCCUCUUGCUCCUCUCCAGCCUUCCAUCUGGGGCCCAACACCAGCCAGCUGUGUAGCCUGGCUCCGGCUGACUAUUCCGCCUGUGCCCGCUCGGGCCUCGCCCUCAACCGGUACAGCACGUCCUUGGCCGAGACCUACAACAGGCUCACCAACCAGACCGGCGAGACCUUCGCCCCGCCCAGGACUCCCUCCUACGUGGGCGUGAGCAGCAGCACGUCGGUGAACAUGUCCAUGGGUGGCACUGACGGGGACACCUUCAGCUGCCCGCAGACCAGCUUGUCCAUGCAGAUUUCGGGGAUGUCCCCCCAGCUCCAGUAUAUCAUGCCUUCACCCUCCAGCAACGCCUUUGCUACUAACCAGACCCAUCAGGGUUCCUAUAACACUUUCAGGUUACACAGCCCCUGUGCCUUGUACGGAUAUAACUUCUCCACCUCCCCUAAACUGGCUGCCAGUCCUGAGAAAAUUGUUUCUUCCCAAGGAAGUUUCUUGGGGUCUUCGCCGAGUGGGACCAUGACCGAUCGGCAGAUGUUGCCCCCCGUGGAAGGAGUGCACCUGCUUAGCAGUGGGGGUCAGCAGAGUUUCUUUGACUCUAGGACCCUAGGAAGCUUAACUCUGUCAUCAUCUCAAGUGUCUGCACAUAUGGUCUGAUGAAGUCUUUAAGUUAAAUUGCAUUUGAAUCUCUCCAAUGUAUUUUCUUUCUUCUUUUUCUUUUUUCUUUUUAAAAAGGCAAUAUGGAAAGCAACUAUCUGUAGCUUGUAAAAUGUACAUAUAAUAGAAAAUGAAGGCUCACUAAAGUUUUUUGACCUCAUGGUGAGAUUGUAAUUAUCUAUGGUAUAGAUGGAUACUGUAUAUACGCAGCAUGUGGAAUGUUGCAGCCUCUGUUUUUACCCCAGUUCCUCCUGUUGCACAGAGUUUUGGCAUGCAUGUGGUAUGUUUAACCAAAGUUCUCAGACUCUUUUUAAAAACAAAAUGGUAAACUUAAAACCUGGCAGCAAUACUCACCAGACGAAGACUUAUAACUUAAUUUAUCAGAAAAAUGCUCUGAACAGUUUCAUACUUGAGUGUUGAUAACCAGCGGUGACCAGCAGAUAGUCCUGGGAUUUCUGUUAUCCUUGGACACAGUGUGAGAACCUAGCAUACAAAAGCCAGUUGAAAUCUUAGUAUUAGCUCUGAGGUAUUUGUAAUCAUGAAGGAUUAGCUUUUUUGUUCCUGCUGCUGCUUAUUUACCACAUAUAUUAUGUGACCUUGGGUCUUUAAAAAUGCAUAACCCACAAUAAUUAUUUCCUUAAGGAAGGUAGAGGAGAGGCUUGUGAUUUUUUUUUAUUAUUAUUUUCGUUUUCCAUUGGGCAUUUAAGAGGUACUUAUUUAUCUGCAGAGAAUACAUUUCCAGUAUUUUGGAUUUGUGACUCAUUUUAUUUAGUUUAUCAAAUAGGCCAUUAAAGAAUGUCCUAUAAAGAUUUUUAAAUUCAGACUUUCACCAGGGAAGGAAUAUAUUGUAUGAAUGGAGAGGCAAAAAGAAAAUAAAUCCACCUCAAAUUCUUUAAUUCCAAUGAGAAAUGUAUAUCUUUUUAAACCAAGAGGACUAAUAUUGUCACCUAUCCCUUAGGUUUUUAUAUAGUUUGGUUUUUCAUUUAAGAUAUUUUUUUCCAUCCUGCUUUGAGCUUCUUGACCCAUGCUGUAUAAGUAAGGAAAAAUGCAUUCAUGCUAUUUAUUUAUGUCUUGUAACUCCUACGAAUUGGAAACCUCCCCCCUCCUUAACCUUGUCCCUCUCUCUCAGUCGCUCCCCAAACAGCUAGGUCCUAGCCUUUAUGGUGUUAAAUAACUCUACAAGGAAUUUCAAGAGGUUGUCUCUAGCUAUCUGUCUUCUGAGAAGUGUAGUGCAAAGGCCAAAGCCCAUUACUCUAUAAAGGCCCUCUCGGAGUACUGAGGAGGAAGAUACUAAUUAUGAUAAAAGAACUAUAAAACUUUUAACCUCAACAGCAUUUUUAACCUUGGAACUGGAGAAAUGAAGACAGUAGUGUUUUUUGUUUUUUUUUUAAAUCUCUAAAGUAAGGUAUGCAUGGUUGAAGAGUUAAAAACAAGUAACUUUGGUAGCACAUUACGAGAUAAAUAGAAAAGACUAAAAAUACAUUGAUGAGGAGCAUUACUGUCCUGAUGAGAAAGUAAAAUGAUGUAUCUGCACAUUGACUCAUUACAUUUUAUAUAUUUGUCAAGCAAAAAGAAACGUGAUUUCCUUUCUUUGCUAAACAGAAUUGUUUUAACUCAUUCCUAAUUUAUGUGGGGGAAGGGUAUAGCUCCUGAUCUGCUUCUUUAUUUUAAAACUGCACAACUGUUAGAAAUUAGGGGGAUAUACUGUUUGAACAGAAUUUGCACAGGAUGUGAUUCUGUUUAGUAGAUACUGACAAAUUUCCUCCUGGAUUCUGUAGCAGUUCAUCAAAUUAAUACUGAUUUUUACAUUUAAUUAACAGGAAGGGAAAUGAAAUAUUUGCAAUAGGUGUAUCUAUGAAAGAUGGUUGAGUAUGGUAUUAAUAGCCUAAUGAAGAUUUGGGAAAAGGCUUUGAGAACGAGUGCUUGGUAUAAUUCAAGGGGAACAGAGAGUUUUCCAUCUUGAGAAAGCAUGGAAAGUAAUGCUCUAUACCUUAGGUAUUAAUAAGAAGAGUGUUUCACUUUUUGCUUUUGGUAAUUUGAGAUGACAUCUAUAUGCGUAGAAUGUUUUAUUAAUCUUUUUUUGGUAAAAUUUAGCAAUAUUGUACAAAUGCUGUUUCCUUUAGGUUUUACUGUAAAUAGUAAUCACCAUGUCACUUCAAAGACUAGCCUUUUAUUGUUGUAUUAAAUGACAUGCAUACAUUGAUAAUUAUAAUUAUAUAUCUGUAUUUUAUUAAAAAAUGCUUAAGAAAUUAUAUUAAAGUGUGUUAUUAAACCUUUUUAUGAUUUUGGAGGAUAAUCAUUUUAAGUGUCCAUAAAUAUUGUUCCAUGAAUUGGCACACACAUGCAUACCCCAAACACAAAUUCUGUAGCUCUCAAUUACAAGGCAGGUUGAAACGGGCCUGCUGUUCAUUUUUCAUGUGUUAAAAUAUAAUUUCUUGGUGUGUUGACCAUGUCAUUGAAGGUGAAGGCCCUGACAAAUGUUGAACACAUGAAAAUUUGAAUGUGCAAGGAAGAGGGCAAGUGGUAUGUUUUGUUUUAAGUCCAAGGGAGAAAGGCAAGGAUACAAGAAUGAGCUGCUUGCACCACUGACCAGUGAUGACAGAUGACUUCUAUGCCCCUUGACUAGUAAACAUUCCAAGGGACAUCGUGCUGGGGUGAGGUUGCUGCUAUCAAGACCAGUCACAUUUUGAAAAUUAACACUUGCUUCCAUACAAGCUCCCUCCCAGAGGUCAACAGCUUUUCACAAGUGGAGCACCCAGUUGCUGACCCUUGAUUUCUGGAAUGUAGGGGGUCAGGAGACCUCGGUGGCCCCCAGAGGAGGUUGGGGGCACAGUGUAUCCUAUAUAGGGAAGGAUCGCACUCACUCUUUACAUUAGUUAGCAAAAUUUUGAGCAAAAGGAACCUCACUUUUAAAAUGUAAAUAGCUCUUCAUCAACCCCCAGAUACAAACCCACCGGAAACUCACACCUUAAGUGUGCAAUCAAUAAACAGCUUUGGAGAUAGCUGAAGGUUUGCUUAGGAGAAAAAAGUAAUUUUUGUAACAGGGCAAUUCUAGGAAGAUUUGGGCAGGACUGGGGAGGUACCAGGAGACAUAUCCCUAACUAAACUGCAGAGUCCCAUGAAGUCCUGGUGCAGAACCAUUAAAAAUAAUCAUGUCAUAGACUUUUUUCAGGAGCAGUGUAGAGUUGGUGGAUGCUAUGCUUAUGCUCUCUCUAAUUAGGUUUGUAAAGAAUCCUUCAAGUGUAACACAGUAUUGGAUUUCCCUGUGGGGAAUUUAUUGGGUCAUCUACAUGAAGGUAUUCCUAAGCUUUCCAUUGGGAAUUAUAAUUUUAUUAAGUUGUUACCAUGUUGUAUUUUAAUUGCAUUGUUCAUCCUUUCUGAAAAUAAGUUCUCAGAUAAGUUGAGAGUGAGGUUGACUAUGUGAGCAGUUAAGUAGACAUACAGCACAUCAUUCUAGAAACUGAAAGCUUAAAAAUUAACAUCAGUGAUAGAAAUGAGCAAAUAAUAUAUAUUCAAGUAUAGAAACAUUCAAUAGAUGUAUAAACUUAGUAUCCCUCUCUAUUAUGAUAGGUUUUAAAAUUAUUUUUAUGGAAUUUUGGUUUGGUUAGAAUAUCAUUACCUUGAGAAUUAGGGAACUUGGUUUCAAACUAUGGAUUUCUCAAUCAUGAUGUUGGGCAAAAACUUAACAAUUUUAGGUCUCAGUUUUCUCAUGUGUGAAACAAGUGGCUAGAAUGAGAAUUGUUACUAUUCCUUUUAGUUUCAAAUUCACAUGAUCCUAGUAUGUAAAUAUUAGCUUAAUAUUAGGAAACUAGUUUUAUAAAACUAAUAUCUUUUGGAAUGUAUGUCUAUUUAUUUUUAGAUGUAUAUACAGUUUCUAUAUCUUUACGAGGAACAUGACACUACCAGGAUUAUUUUCAAUUUGUUGAUUAUAUAGAGUUUAUCUUUUAAAUGGAACUACUCUUUAGUUAUAUAGGACAAAUUUUAGUAUUUUAAUAUUUGAAAGGUAAUGUAUUUGAUACUUUAUAGUGCAUAUUAAAAUAUAUUAAUAAAAUUUUCUUUUCAUGAUGCUCUUAAUUGCUUGGCAUAAAAUUAUUUUGGAAUAUUAAUGACAAUCUAAUAUUAAUCUAAUAUCUAGAGAUCAUUCCAAAUCCAUUCAAACAUUUAAAUCUUCAAGAAAA